AUGGCAACCCAGGUCAACGGCUCUUUUGCAUCGCCUCUAGCAGAUGCCUCCGUUCCUCAGAGCACGUCCGCUUUGCCGGGGGUACUUUCCAACAUAUACAAUGCCAUGAAUGGUUGGAGCGUGACUUUAUCGAUAUUCUUGGUCCUCAUCGCCUACGAUCAGUUCAAAUAUUUGCAGAACAAAGGGUCAAUUGCUGGCCCAGCAUGGAAAACGCCCUUCAUUGGGCCCUUUCUCGAGUCCGUCAAUCCGAGGAUGGAUAAGUAUAUCGAGAAAUGGAACAGCGGCGACUUGAGUUGUGUCUCGGUCUUUCAUAAAUUCGUCGUGAUCGCGUCCUCACGAGAUUUAGCCCGCAAGGUCUUCAAUUCUCCCAUGUUCGUCAAGCCAUGCGUUGUUGAUGUAGCAUCAAAAUUGCUGCGCCCAACAAACUGGGUUUUUCUGGACGGAAGAGCGCACGUUGAUUAUAGAAAGGGUCUCAAUGGGCUUUUCACUCGUCAGGCUCUAGAAAUGUAUCUGCCUUCCCAAGAAGAAGUCUAUGAUGAAUAUUUUGCCGAGUUUGUUGAAAUAUCACAACGCGGCGACCAGGAGAAGGGCGUUCGCUUUAUGCCAACCUUUCGCGAAUUGAUGUGCGCUGUGUCUUGCCGAACCUUUGCAGGUCAUUACAUGUCUGAUGAAGCCUUGAAGAGAAUUGCAGAUGAUUAUUGGAUGAUCACCGCGGCCCUCGAGCUUGUCAAUUUUCCGAUCAUCCUGCCUUUCACAAAGGCAUGGUAUGGAAAAAAGGCCGCUGACAUGGUCAUUGAGGAGUUCAGCAAAUGUGCUGCCAAAUCAAAAGCUCGAAUAGCAGCCGGCGGAAAGCCGAACUGUAUCUUGGAUGCUUGGAUAAAGAAUAUGCAAGACAGCGAAAAGUGGAAUCAGCAGGUCGCAAAGGGCAUUCCGGUAAAUCAAGAGGAUAAGCCCAAUCCAUUACUUCGAACUUUCACCAACUACGAGAUCAGUCUGACCAUUCUGACAUUCCUUUUCGCCUCUCAAGAUGCAACGUCAAGUGCCUGCACCUGGUUGUUUCAACUUGUCGCAGAUAGGCCGGAGAUGCUCGAUAAAAUCCGUGCUGAGAACCUUGCUGCGAGAACUGGGGAUCCUAACGUUCGCUUUAGCAUGGAUUUGCUUGAGAAUCUACCCUUUACUCGCGCCGUGGUAAAGGAAACACUCCGUUAUCGGCCACCAGUCAUCAUGGUACCAUAUGUAGCCAAAAAAUCAUUCCAAAUCACGGAUAGCUAUACUGCUCCGAAAGGAAGCAUGGUAAUACCUUCAUGCUGGCCAGCUCUUCAUGAUGCCGAAGCAUAUCCUAACCCCCAUACUUUUGACCCAGACAGAUGGAUCUCAGGCACCGCAGAACAACAAGUCAAGAACUGGCUGGUUUUUGGCACAGGACCUCACUACUGCUUAGGACAGACAUAUGCCCAAUUGAAUUUGAUCGGCAUGAUCGGAAAGGCUAGUCUAUGUCUUGACUGGACUCAUUUUCCCACUGAAAAAAGUGAAGACAUCGAAGUGUUUGCCACUUUAUUUCCUCAGGUAAGUGGGAGCAAGCCCAACGGCUCCAAUCCUAGGAUCUGCAAGAUCGUACUUACAUAG